CCGCUGCCAGGUAAAACCGACCGAAGGGCAGCAUCACGGGAGGCACGAGGCUGAAGGCAGGCGGCAGUGGCCAUGUUCCGUGCGACCAGGAAGUGAGCGAGCGGCGCUCAGCCCAGCAGCUAUGGCAGGCGACGAGAGGGACUACAACCUGACGGAGGAGCAGAGGGCGAUCAAAGCCAAAUACCCCCCGCUCAAUAAGAAGUAUGAAUAUUUGGAUCACACAGCAGAUGUGCAGCUACAUGCAUGGGGAGACACUUUGGAAGAAGCAUUUGAGCAGUGCGUUAUGGCCAUGUUUGGCUACAUGACUGAUACAGAGACUGUGGAACCUCUGGAUACUGUAGAGGUAGAAGCAGAAGGGCAUGACAUGUUGUCUCUUCUCUUUCACUUCUUGGAUGAGUGGCUGUAUAAAUUCAGUGCUAAUGAGUUCUUUAUACCCAGGGAGGUGAAAGUGCUUUACAUUGACCGAAUGCAAUUCAAAAUAAGAUCAAUUGGGUGGGGAGAAGAGUUCUCUUUACCAAAACACCCUCAGGGCACAGAGGUCAAAGCCAUAACUUACUCAGCAAUGCAAAUCUGUGAAGAAGAAAAGCCAGAAGUCUUUGUGAUCAUUGAUAUUUAAAGCAAGAGAAAUGUAACUAAGUGGAUACUUGUCAUUGGUUCACAAAAGUCCCUAGAAAACUGUAACCCCCAUGAAAGUGACUAAGAAAUUAGCUAAUUCAAAUUGUAAAUUGAAGGGGGUUGUGGGAAAUGUUAUCCUCUAUUUUGACUUGAGGAUGGUGAGCCAGACCAAUGCCUGCAUGCCAGGAAAAAAAGAACUAGUUGGGUCUGGGGGGGAUUUGAGAAGAGAGUUAUAGGAGUUGAAAGUCUCUCAGGAAUGCUGGUAGUCAGCUUUUAAAGCUGAUAAGUGUGUUGGGUGCUGUAUGAACUAAAA